CAUUCAUCCAAGAUAAACUUUGGAAUAACAUAAAUGAAAAACUCCUCCUCAUUGUUUCACUGAUAUAUUGUCUCUACAACACAACCAACACAGAGAAGAAGAAUAGAGUAACACACCUCAAACAUCAUAAUGGCACUCAGGAUGUGGGCUUCUUCAACUGCCAAUGCACUCAAACUCUCUUCUGCCUUCAGACCUCAUCUUUCUCCUCCUUUCUCUUUCUCCAGAGCCUUAUCUUCCGUCUUGGAUGGACUUAAGUACGCAGAUUCACACGAAUGGGUUAAGCAUGAAGGCUCAGUGGCCACCAUUGGUAUCACUGAUCAUGCCCAGGACCAUCUUGGAGAGGUUGUGUAUGUUGAACUGCCAGAAAAAGGUGGCAACGUUACCAAGAAGAGUGGCUUCGGAUCAGUUGAAAGUGUUAAAGCAUCGAGUGAUAUUAACUCUCCAAUCUCGGGGGAGAUUAUUGAGGUUAACAAAACACUCACAGAUAAGCCUGGCCUGGUAAUCAAUUCUAACCAUUAUACCAGUAUCUUUCUACUUGAUCUAAGAAGGAUUGUCUUCCAAAAUUUAAAAGAAAAGGCCUGCACGACGUUACUUGUUACAUAUAUAAACACAUGGCUGCAGUGGCUGAGCUUACACUGAGGGAGUAAAAAUAAUUAAUAUAAUAAAUAUGUCAUGCACACAUAACUUAUCUGUAAGUAAGAAAUUUAUUUAUUCAUUUUUUAUGACUUAUAAUUUUGUUAUUUGAUGUUUGAACUUUAUCUACUUGAUAUAAUAAAUAUGUCAUGCACACAUAACUUAUCUGUAAGUAAGAAAUUUAUUUAUUCAUUUUUUAUGACUUAUAAUUUUGUUAUUUGAUGUUUGAACUUUAUCUACUUGAUAUUAAAAAUUAGAAAAAAAUUAUUUUAGACUAAAAAGUUUAGUUUCUUAAUUAUUGAAGGAUGUGCAAAAAAUAUAUAUUUAGUGAAAUUUUUACUUUUGUGGGGGGAGAGUCAUAGCUCCUCCCCUCUUCAAUGCUCCUCUCCUGCAUGGCUGAUUGUUUUGACAUUGAAUUGAAAUAUGCUGUAAAUUGCCUUGUCUUUUAAUCAGCAAUUUAUACAUGGUCAUGUCUAUUUUUCUACUUUUCUCACUUCAAGGUAAACUCAAGCCCAUACGAAGAUGGAUGGAUGAUCAAAGUAAAGCCAAGUGAUCCAUCUGAAUUAAAUUCGUUGAUGGGCCCAAAGGAGUACACAAAAUUUUGUGAGGAAGAAGAUGCUAAGCAUUAAAGUUUGAAUUCCCUCAUGCAGUUAUUCUUCAUAUGUUCAUGAUCAUAACUUCUCAAGAGUUUCUUAAUAUGCAAUGGAACUGCUUCUUUCCAUUUUUCUUCCCCUGCUAUUGUGAUUGACACUUCAGUGUGUCUACUUCAUCGUGUAAUUAAGCAGCUAUUUUCCCUUGAAUUUUUAUGCAUAAUUAUUUUCACUUGAGGAGUGCUAGCAGUGGUUGAAAAUUGGCAAUUCGUUUUCAAUUGCAGGAAGUAGCUGUUAAAACUCACAACUUAAAAUGUAGUUAACAUAAAUGCAUAAUAUGAAAGAACAUAGCUCAUAAAUAUUUUGCUUUAAGCAAGCUUAAAAAAUUUUAACCUCUCUAUAAUCUACACAAGCUCUGGCCGCAUGCUUCUGCUUGAAGCCUUUUACUUAGACUAUGAAUUGUUGUGUGCUUUGACAGUGUUCCACUAAAAAUGUGAUACCUGAUAUGCUUAACUACGCAGCCUGUUAAAUUAAAUUCAAAAUACUGUAUGAUAAAUAAGUAAAAAUUUAGCUGCUGAGUUAGCAUGGUUUUAAUGGAUACACAAAUUGUAGUAAUUCACUUAUAAAUGCCACUUAACCUUUUGAGAUUUAUUUUUAUUUUAAAGUCUUUAUAAGCGAUAAUUUCUUAAUUAAUCACGUCAUUAUUUAACUAUUACUAAAAAUAAAAGUGUUCAAUUAAAAAACAAGGAAUUAAAAUAAUUUAUUCUAAAUAAAUUAAAAUAAUAAUAUAAAAAAGUAUAAAAAUAAAAACAUAUUUAAGUCAAAAACUAACAUAAGAGUAAAAACAGUAAACUCAAGAGUCGUAUAAUUUUAGGGGAGUGGAGUAUAUUCAUUUCUUGGACUUCACUGCAUAUUUCUCUAUCUUGAUGUAUCAGUCAAAGUUUUUUAUUUUUUUUCUCCUUUGAUUCAGUAAAUUUAUGAUUUCUUUCUUCCUUAAAUAAGGUUUACGCUUUGAGAUGGAUUACGAUUUGUUGAGCUGACUUUAAGCCUCCAAGAAAAGUGAGGAUGCAAAGACUUGAGAGAAAUAAGCAAAAUCAUAGGAAUAAUUGAGGUAGGUCGGGCAAGAGGCGUUUUUUCUUUUCAAGUUUCAUAAAUUGGUUUCUUGAUAGCAAUUUAUUUGAAUAAUAAACCAGUGUGGGCAAACUCUUAGCUAAUCAAAAU